CGGUAGUGGAGUCCGCACAGCGGGAAGAGCCAAGGGAAAACAGAGGAAAAACGAAAUCAAACACCGUUGCAUACCUGUCUCACCUUUCUGUUUUCGGUUUUUCGCGUGGUUUGUUUUCCCUUCUCUGCCCAGCUAGUGGGGCACGCGUUCGCGUUUUGUGUUAGUUGUCGCCGUCUCUAGACGGUGCUCGCGUGUGGUUUAUUACCGGUGUUUUCCAUAUCUGUCUGUGGGGGAAACAAUAAGAAGAAGGAAAAUACACAUUUUAUUAAGCAAGGACGAAUCAAGCAUAUAACACAGACGAACAUUGGUGUUGGCGGAUCUACGCGUAAUCCAACGCGACGCAGGCAAAGCAAAUCGGAAAAGAGAAUAAGGUUUCACAUUCUUUAUUGCAGGUUUCCCCCGUCCGGAAGCCCCCGCUCCUGUCACCCCUCCCGACCGCCUAAGGUAAUCGGCGGACUUCGAAGCGGUCCUCUCUCCCUCCCAUCACACCAUGGAUCUGCAGCAGCAGAAGGUACACAUUGAAAAGGCUCAGAAUUUCAUGCGCCAGUACCGGGAUCCGGAAUCGCGGGAGCUGAAAAAACUGUCCGCCAAUCAGUUUAUGGACGUUUGGAGUCACUACGAUGGGGAUGGAAACGGCUACAUCGAAGGCACCGAGCUCGAUGGGUUCCUCAAAGAGUUCGUUUCCAGUGCAAAUGCGACCGAUCUGGGACCUGAGUCACUGACGGACGAGAUGUUGGUCGAGCUCAAAUCCUGCUUCAUGGAAGCAUACGACGAUAAUCAGGACGGGAAGAUCGACAUCCGAGAGCUCGCCCAACUUCUGCCGAUGGAGGAAAACUUUCUGCUACUGUUCCGAUUCGACAACCCGCUGGAAUCAAGCGUGGAAUUCAUGAAGAUCUGGCGGGAAUACGAUUCGGACAACAGUGGUUACAUCGAGGCAGAUGAACUAAAGAAUUUCCUCCGGGACCUACUGAAGGAAGCCAAGAAGAUAAACGACGUGUCAGAGGAUAAAUUAAUUGAGUACACCGACACAAUGCUUCGGGUAUUCGACGCCAACAAGGACGGUCGGUUGCAGCUCUCCGAAAUGGCCAAAUUGUUGCCUGUUAAGGAAAACUUUCUUUGUCGACAAGUGUUUAAGGAGGGCAGAAUAGACGAAGAAGGCGCUGCCAGACUGACGAAGGACGACAUCGAGAAGGUGUUUUCGCUAUACGACAGGGACAACAAUGGAUCCAUUGAGAAUGAAGAGCUUCGCGGCUUCCUGAAAGACUUGCUAGAGCUUGUCAAAAAGGACUACGACGCACAAGACCUGAACGAGUUCGAGGAGACCAUCCUACGGGGGGUCGGCUAUGACAAAGAAGGCAAAAUUUCCCGCAAGGAGCUGACCAUGAUCUUGCUAGCGCUCGCAAAACAACCCCCAGAGGACGACCAGUAAUAUGGGGAAUGCACUUCUCUCGUUUCGCACCAGCCGCCGCCGCCGUUGCAUCGAUCGUCCUCCAGUCACCACCACCGUCGUCUGUCCAGAGCCGGUUCGCUAACAUCGGCCCUGGCAGUGCAUCCCAUUGCCAAGCUGCGUACGAUGCUCGGUCUAGGGCACCAGCAUAGUCAGCAUGGCAACGGGUCCACCAGCGCUGGCAGCAGCAACUGUCCCGACAACGGUCACCCAACGGAACCAUCGACUUCGGCGUCGGCGUCACACUCCAAUGUAGAAGAACCACCCCUAGCAGCAGAAGAUACCGCAAGUAGUUCAGAGCAACCGCAACAGCUUCUGCCGGUAGUCGUCGUCCACGAUCGAGUCCGAGACUUCUAUCGUCGGAUCAUGCGACGCGGCAAGAAGGAGUAGAUCCAGUAGAACACACAAGCACAUCCAAACAAUUACAAACACCAAACACGCGCAUUAGAUCUAUGCAACAGUAGGUCAGUUCCGAGAUCUGAUCUCCACCAAAACCAUUUUGUAAGAAGCUGAACGAAUAUUGAAGCAAAUUUGCGUCUGGAAUACCUACCACGCGAAAUACCAGGGGGUUUGAAACAUUAUUGGCGAAUCGAUCGAGGAGAACAAACAAAUUUCUGUAAAUUUAAGGAUCAUAAAACGAAGAUGACUGGGCUGUUUGAUUCACAGCAACCCAGUAAGUGCCCUGAACAGUGCACAAUUCAAUCCGUCUUAUGAAAAUUGUCUUUUUCGGGAUCCGAGAUCCAGAAACACAAAACAAAACAAAAAGUAAAAAGAUGAACAAAGUCGUUUUCCCAACCCAAUUCAAGCUUCGGCCCGCAUAUAACUAAAAUUUGUCUUUCAGUCCCUUCGUGGUUCUCAUAUCACUUUUCUAUGCACUUAGAUGGAACUAUAGAAUUGCUUGGCGCUUUCAUUUGUUAUCGUUGGUCGAACCGAUUUCAUGUCUUUUGUGAUCCAUUCUGAAUCUGGAACUUUUAAAUCAGCAAUAUUUCGAGAUUGUAGGAACUGUAGUUGUAGGGAUGAGGCGUAGUGUCAAAAUUGACAAAAAAAAAUACGGGACCUUUUAGUUUUAUAACAAUCAUCCGAAUGACAUUGUUUGCUCGAAUACCAUUAAUCCGAAUGUAACAAAUACCCGAUUUCAAACCCCCGAACAGACAUCGGCAGAAAUUGACUAUUGACCUGAAUGGGAAAAACAGGUGCAAUACUCGACCUACAUAGCCAAUCAUUUGCCUUGAAAUUCCUUGGAAUUAUCAAGAAAUGAAUGACUACUUCCUAUUAAACAGUAUUUCCUCUGAGCUGUGCAUAAGAGUAUAUCUACAACGUCGUUAUAUCUAUGCGUGGAGUAUUUUAAUGCUGUAU